AAAGGCGCCACUUAUUCGGAAGUUAAUGUGAGCGUUUCCGGGUCACGCGACGCUGAUGCUUGGGAGUCAUGUGAUACCAAGAUGGUGGUGCCGCGGUAGCUUCUUCCCUGGGACAGUGCAGUCCUAGGAGCCGCAACAGUUUCUGCUCUUAGGUUUUGGGGAGGUUCAUUUAACUGACUCUGCAGCCGUCCGUGACUAGGACUAAGGAACCUGAUCAGUGCUGGAGCUGUUAAUGUCACUGGAAAUAUGAUCAGCGCCCCUGAUGUGGUGGCCUUCACCAAGGAAGACGAGUAUGAGGAAGAACCUUACAAUGAGCCCUCCUUGCCGGAGGAGUACUCAGUACCUCUCUUCCCCUAUGCCAGCCAAGGGGCUAACCCCUGGUCUAAACUGUCCGGGGCCAAGUUCUCCAGGGACUUCAUCCUUAUUUCCGAGUUCUCUGAACAGGUGGGACCUCAGCCCUUGCUGACCAUCCCCAAUGACGCCAAAGUUUUUGGCACUUUUGAUCUCAAUUACUUCUCCUUGCGGAUCAUGUCAGUGGAUUACCAGGCUUCAUUCGUUGGUCAUCCUCCUGGUUCUGCCUACCCCAAGUUGAACUUUGUGGAGGACUCCAAAGUGGUGCUGGGAGACUCUAAGGAAGGGGCCUUUGCAUAUGUGCACCACCUCACCUUGUAUGACCUGGAGGCCCGUGGCUUUGUGAGGCCCUUUUGUAUGGCUUAUAUCUCUGCGGACCAGCAUAAAAUCAUGCAGCAAUUCCAGGAGCUUUCGGCUGAAUUUUCCAAAGCAUCCGAGUGCUUGAAGAUGGGUAACAGGAAGGCAUUUGCUGGGGAACUUGAAAAAAAGCUGAAAGACUUGGAUUAUACGAGAACUGUGCUGCACACAGAAACCGAGAUCCAAAAGAAAGCCAAUGACAAAGGUUUUUAUACAUCUCAGGCAAUUGAGAAAGCCAAUGAAUUGGCCAACGUGGAGAAGUCCAUCAUUGAGCAUCAAGAUUUGCUGAGGCAGAUCCGCUCGUACCCUCGCCAGAAGAUGAAGAUACCUGCUUUGCGUCCUGGCGAUAUGGAGCACACCCAAGACCAGGCUGCCCAGGUCUCCACUACCUCUAACCCCGAGGAGUCAGCUAAUGCAGACCGUUAUACGUGCAGACCAGCUUACACCCCGAAACUCAUCAAAGCAAAGUCCACCAAGUGUUUUGACAAGAAGUUGAAGACCUUGGAGGAACUCUGUGACACUGAAUAUUUCACUCAGACCCUGGCCCAGCUUAGCCACAUUGAACACAUGUUCCGGGGAGACCUAUGCUACCUCCUGACUAGUCAGAUUGACAGAGCACUUCGGAAACAACAACACAUAACAAAUUUCCUCUUUGAAGACUUUAUGGAGGUUGAUGACAGGAUGGAGAAACAAGAGAAUGUGCCCUUUCGGCCCAGUCAGGACAGGCUGCCUUCCAGGCCUGUGGAAGAAUGUCCCAUUCCUAAAGUGUUAAUUAGUGUUGGUUCAUAUAAGUCCAGUGUGGAGUCUGUUUUGAUCAAGAUGGAGCAGGAACUUGGAGAUGAAGAAUACAAGGAAGUGGAAGCAGCAGAGUCAAGCAAUUUUGACCCCCAAGAAAACCUGGACUACCUGGAUAUGGAUAUGAAAGGGAGCAUCAGCAGUGGGGAAAGCAUCGAGGUUCUGGGCACCGAGAAGUCAUCCUCUGUGCUGUCUAAAUCUGACAGCCAGGCCAGCCUCACGGUGCCAUUGAGUCCCCACGUAGUCCGUAGCAAGGCAGUCAGCCACAGGACAAUCAGUGAGGACAGUAUUGAAGUCUUAAGCACCUGCCCAUCUGAGGCCCUCAUUCCUGAUGACUUUAAGGCCAGCUACCCAAGUGCCAUUAAUGAGGAAGAAACCUAUGCAGAUAGUGAGGGGGCCAUCCAUUUCGAGGCAAGUGUCUGCUCACCAGAACUGGGUGAGACUCAGGAGGGCAGCUUGGAAAAUACCCCAUCCCAAAUAGACUCCAGCUGCUCUAUUGGAAAGGCGAGUGAAGGUCAGCUGGUUCCUCUUCCCACCCCGGCUUACACUCUUUCUGAUGAGGAUGGUGUGGUGAGCAUCCCCCCACAGAGCUCCAGGCAGAAGGACCAGGGGUUCCAUGUGGACGUCGAGAUGGAAAACACUGACCCUUCUCCCCGAGACAAUAGCUGUGAGAUGUUCCCAGCUUAUGAACUGGAUCCAAGCUGCCUUCUGGCUAGCCGAGAUGUUAGUAAGACAAGCCUGGAUAACUACUCGGACACCGCAAGCUACAUGAGCAGUGUGGCCUCUACCAGCUCAGACAGAACCCUGUCUGCUCACUCUGCUGGCCUGUCCUCUGAGAGACACAAGAAGAGAGCUGGCCAGAAUGCCUUAAAAUUCAUCCGCCAGUACCCCUUCGCCCACCCAGCCAUCUACUCCCUACUUAGCGGGAGGACGCUUGUGGUCCUGGGCGAAGACGAAACCAUAGUCAGAAAGCUUGUAACCGCACUGUCUAUCUUUGUUCCCAGCUAUGGCUACUAUGCCAAGCCAGUGAAGCACUGGAUUUCUUCCCCUUUGCAUAUUAUGGAUUUUCAGAAGUGGAAGCUUAUUGGCCUACAGAGAGUGGCCUCCCCUGCCAGUAUGGGUACCCUCCAUACCCUGAGCCGUUACAGUCGCUAUACGAGCAUCCUGGACCUGGACAGCAAGACCCUACGCUGCCCCCUGUACAGGGGAACACUGGUACCCCGCCUGGCCGACCAUCGCACCCAGAUCAAGAGAGGAAGCACAUACUACCUGCACGUCCAGAGCAUGCUCACCCAGCUCUGCUCCAAGGCAUUCCUCUACACCUUCUGCCACCACCUGCAUCUGCCUGCCCACAGUGGGGAGACACAAGAAGCCGUGGCCAGCAGACAAGCCAGCUUCCUCAAGCUCAACCUGGGACUCGUGAAUGAGGACAUCAGGGUGGUGCAGUACCUGGCUGAGCUGUUGAAACUGCACUACAUGCAGGAGUCACCUGAGACCAUCCAACCCCUACUCAGGUUUGACUAUGUCCCCAGCUUUUUGUAUAAAAUCUAAGGGUUCCAGCUACCAUGACCAAGACCUGUGACUCGGUAUGGGAAGGGAAAAGGUCGGUGUGACUAAAUGGUUGCCUGAGCUGGAGUGUUGAGCUUUCUGAUGUCAGCAGGAAGGAAACAGGUGGCAGUCGUGGUUCCCAUCUAGCCCUGGGCAGUGUGUGAAGUGGGCCAAGCAGAGGUGGAGCCUGGCUCUCCAGAAGUGGCUGCUCUUGGUUCCAUGGGGAAGUAGCUGUCAAAUAGGGGUUGUCCUUAAUUCUCCAAGGAUCAACAGUCUGGGCAGGAAGAAGAAAGCUCCAGACCCUUUGGGGCUGGAAAAGAUGAAGCUAAGUAGCCAAAGCCCAGAUGACACCAGUGGCAGAAUCAGCCUGGGAAUUGGUGUGUGUAGGAACAAGACAGCCAUCACCUCCAUCUACCUCUACCAAGGCCCUUUACUUGGCUUCCUGGAGCCCAGUAACUGAGGGGAGGCUUCUGAACAAGGACCAGGAGGAAAAGUGCUCUGGACAGUUGGAGAAAGACACAUCUGGGCUCUGGGGGAUGCAGAAGUGGCCCCUUGUCCUAUCUUCCCCUCUGUCAAGGAAGUGCUUAUUGAGUCCCUGGGGGUCCUUACAGUGGUCCUGGAUGUGAAGCAGGUGUCAAAUGGCUAUAGCCCAUAUGAGAACCUUCAGGGGUGUAGAUGAAGUGGGCCCUAGCCCAUUCCCCACUUGUAUGGCAGGAGCUGCCCACUGGCUCUUCUCGGCCACAGCAUUAACUCAAACACCCCUGGAAAGGGAUGUAGCACUCUGUUACCUCUCCUGCGGCCUAGGGGCUUGGUGACAACUGAGUUCUGACUGGAACUUAGGAGCAAGGCUAUCCUGUUCCAGCUUCUGGUGGCUAUCAUUAUAGACUAUAGAUCCAUACCUGAGAGGCAGUGUGCACCUCCAUCCUUACAGUCAUCCCCAUGUGUGUCCCUUUCAGUCCCUACCUGACCCACUGGUGGCCAUCAUCAUGACCUCCCUGGGACUCCUGUUGCAGCUGCUUCUGCUAUGCCUCAUGUGCUACAUGGAGCACUCCUCAGUCUGGAAAGUGUGAGACCUGUUUAAAAGUGUUUUCUCCCUAAAUAGGAGCUCUGGUUGUUACUGCUCCUUUUUUAAUUUGCUCAAAAAAAAAAAAAAAAAAAACAAAAAACAACCCUGCAGUAAAUUGAACCUGGAUCAUGGAUCAGCCCUGUGCGUGCAUCUAUUAGAUGCUGUGUCCCCUGCACUCAGGUCUCUCAGCUGGCCACACCACUGAGGUCUCUCACAAGAAGGAACCCUGUAGAAGCCAAGUAACCAAAGAUGGCUUGGCAGCAUAUUGCUCCUGCGUUUGACACGAAGUUGCAGCCUGUUGGUUCUGGUUCAUGGCUUCAGGUCAUGGUCCCCAUUUCACUUAGACAGUAUGUGGCUUUGUUUCUGAGGCUUUGACAGAGAUCCAGGAUUUUGUCACUGUAUUUACAGACACCUUAGCAGCUGUGGUUUCUCCUCAUGGGCUCCCUCAUCUGCUAUUGCUUCUCAGAGUUCCUAGAUGCGACUUUGGCUGGUUGGCAAAGUGGCGUUUCCUCAGGCCUCCAAGGAUGAAUGUGUUAUGGAGCUCAAGAGCCAGGCUGGGAGGUGGUCAGUUUCUGGUACUACCUCAGCAUGGGGACUCGAAGGUCAACACUGUUCCCUACACUGAGAAAGGCGGGAGAGCUGCAGCCACACUUGGCCUUCUGGAUACUGAAAACAAACUUCAGUGGUCUGAAGUGGAGCUCCAUGUGCAAUUGGCAUUCAGCCACAGGGUGACUCAGAAGACAAAGCCAUGACUGAUGUGGAGUGGGCACAACAGUCUUGUGUAGCAGCUGUGGAAAUGGCGUCUCUAGGAUUUACUUUUUUUGUUUUGUUUUUGAGACAGGAUCUCAUGUUAACCCAGAAUGGGUCUAAAUUCAGUAUGAAUUCAGGAUAACCCUGAAUUCUUGAUCCUUCUGCCUCCACAUCCCAGUUGCUGAGAUGAUAGGUGUGUGCCACCAGACCCAGCGACUGGAUUUAGGCUUGGUGAUUUGGAAGGAUUACUUAGUGCUGAAAGCAUGCUUCCUCUCAGGGUCUUAGUCAUAGAGGCUGAGUUUGGACCGAGUUUUCCUCUGCUGUGGAGGACUGGAAUCCUUUAGAAGUAGUAUUUCUACACACUUUGAUGCUGUGGAGACCUAUGCAGCAGGACUCAACUCCUUGAAUUUUCAUUUGUCAUUGGGCGUGGUGGCACAUAUCUUUAAUCCUAGCAUUCAAGAGGUGGCUCUCUGUGAGCUAGAGGUUACCCUGACCUACAUGAGUUCCAGACUAGCCAGAGCCACAUAAUGACACCCUGUCUCAAAGAACAAAAGGUUUCCAUCUGAAGUGUUUCUCAAUUUCUAGGCUAGUAAGGCUUUUGUUUGUUUUGUUCUUUUGAGACAGCCUCAUAUGGCCAACGAUGACUUUGAACUUCUGAUCCUCCUGCCUCUGCAUGCUUUGCAGGUCUGUCAUGCCUAGAUUAUACAGUUUUGGGGAAUGAGCCCAGAACUUCAUACAUGCUAGGCAAGCACCCUACCAACUGAGCUGCAUCCCUAGGCUGGCUACUUUAAAUUAUCCUAUUAAAAACACCCCACAGAAGGAUAACAGAGCCCCUUCUUUAUUCCUAUCAUUUUGAAUUCUGGCAGUAAAACUGGCAAGUCAGGUUUAUUUCAAUUUGACUGCCAAGCAAUUAUUUGCCUUCCUAUUUCUAAAGCUGUCUAGUUUAAGAACCAUCCAAUUGAACUGGUACAUUACUUUUACCAUUGUACAAGUAAUGCUUGUAUGUUACUGGACAUUCACAUGCUCCAUUGCUGAGGUCAGUCCACAGUCUUCCCUAUAGUGUUUGGGGACAUUGGAACAUACUGGCUUGAGUUGCCAUCUCCUGCCUCACCAUUUCCCUUCAGUAGAACCUUGGAUUAAAAAUGUUUUAAUUCAGCCAGGUGGUGGUGGCGCACGCCUUUAAUCCCAGCACAAAGGAGGCAGAGGCAGGUGAAUCUCCGGGUUCGAGACCAGCCUAGUCUACACAGACCUUGUCUCAAAAAUAAAUGUUUUAACCCCUCCAUGAUUUGCUAUUGAAGUGGCUGAAGUUACUCUUAAACUUGGAACUGGACUUCAGUAAUGACCUGUCAUUUCUAAUCUGACUUUUAACUCCUUUAUUUUAGAUCAGUUGCCAUAUUUAAAGUACAAGGAUUUCAACAUAAUUCUAGGAAGGUCAGGAGAUCUCCCUUCUCCCUUGCCAAGUAUCAAAACCAGCAGUGCUGUGUGGUACUGGAUGGAGGCAAAGCUUCUAGGUUAUCUUGUAUGCAUCUUGGCCACCUCCUACAUUGCUCAGUCUAUGCCACUCCCCAGCCUGAGUGCUAUAUACUGGACCAAUGUCCUGUGCUAGAGCCACCAUGGUUUAUCUCCCAAAUGUUUGGGUAGCAGUAGCUUACCCAGUCAGAGAUGAUGCAUCAUCAGGUGUAGGGCCUCUGGAGGUACCAAACCCUCAUGGCAGUAGCCAUCCAGGCUACUUUCUACUUCCCUAGAAAGCUCCUAAGAAAGUGCCUUGGCUUGUACUUUGAAAUGAAUAGCCAGCUUUCUGGCUUUACCCUAAAACUGUGAUCAAACUGGAAUUUUUAAGGGACACACUGCAGAAAGGAGCAAGGUUUAGAUUCCUUUUGCUCUGAAAGCAAAACCUUGCUUGAGCUUAAACACAGUUUCCCUGAGCCCUUGGUCCAGUAAGGUUUGGUAACGUUAAAGCUUAGGGAAGGAACAGCAGGAACAGAUGAGAUGUAGCAGUGGGGAAAAAGCAUCCUACAGUGUUGGUGUGUUGGUGGUUUACAGCAUAGGUCCCCAAGAGGCCCAGCUUGGAGCUGUGUAGUUUUCUUCAACUAGGCAGGAAUUAAGUCCCUGGAUUUAAGGUUGCUAAAGUAGUUCAGUGGCCCCACAAUCAGAGAUGAGGGGACCAGUAUGCCACCACACCCCACGGAAACGGACACAACUGCCUUCACAUGGUGGAGACAGUACCAACGAUGGACCAGCUCCCAGGGAGCCUUGGGCAAACUCUAAUACUGGCCAGCUGGAGCUGCAGGCUGGACUGAGGCAUACAGCAGUUAGUGAGCAGCACAGUCUGCAAUGAACUCUUGCUAUUUUCUAAGAAGCUAUUUUAUUACUGCAUGUUCCACCAUGUCUGUGAAUAUGUGUCCCAACCUGCAAGUUGCAGUCCCAGUAGUGGAACCAGAGCACUGCUGAUGUGACCGUGUACCACAGGCAUUAUGCACAAAGUUUAACCAGAGUAAAUGCCAAACAAAUAGUAUGAGGAGUGUACUUUUAAAAAUAUUAAUUUAUUUGAGUUCAGAUAUUUUUAAAAUAUAAAAAUUGGUUGUAUUUUUUAAAGCUAUAAUUCUUGUAGACAUUCUGUGGAUAAAAAUUUGUGUGUAUUAAAUUGGUUUGCAAUUUAGCCAUGUGAAAAAUAAAGACUCUUUGGGAAGGUG